AUGGAGGACCAGGAAUGGAAAGUGGGCGAUCUGGUGUGGACGCGGGUUCCAGGGUACCCAUGGUGGCCUGGUCAGGUCAUGGACCCUGAGCAGGCAAGGGAAGAGGUCAGGCGAAAGCAACGAGAUGGCAGCUUCCUCGUGUGCUUCCUUGGGGACAAUGAGUACGGCUGGUACAGACCAGACAGCUUGGUCCCCUUCCAGGAGCAUCACGCUGAGAAGCUGUGCCAGAAAAGCGCGAAGACGAACAAGAAGUACAUCAAGGCGGUGGAGGAGGCACAGGAGAUCCAGGACAGGCGCAGCGGGAAGCAGCCGAAGACAGACCAUGAUCCCAUAGACUUCCUGGACCCCAGCACCUUCCCCAGCAGCGACUCAGAUGAUGAGCACAGCGGUGACACACCUUUGACUACUAAGGCUGACCUGCGGCCGGCCCCUCUGGACAAAGAGGAUGCAGAGCGUGUGCCCCCAGACCAGGCUCUGCAUUACCUGCAGGCAGCAGCGCGCGGUGACACAAGUGCUGUGUCCAAGAUGGGCAGAGACAGCGGGAUCCUGUGCAGGCAGGUGCUGUUCUCACUCAUGGUGAAGCACCUUGUGGUGGAGCAUGGACGCGCCUCUUAUGCACAGAAGAAGCGCCGGCGUGAGAGGCAACUGCAGAAGCACGUCGGAAAGGAGAAGAAGCAGAAGGAGCAGGAGGCUAAGGCAGUGGCAAGAGAAGGAAGCGGAGACACGAAAGUGGUCCCGCAGGAGUCAGCAGAGGAGGCCCCAUAUGAUGGAGAUGAAGCUGAGCCCACAGAUGAAGAUGUGAAGGAGCCUUCAGAGGAUGAGGAGGAUGCUGAUGGCCCCAACAUGCAGGAGCUGCAGGGUGUGGUCCUGAGGACCAAGCCAGCAAAGGCGGUGCAGUUCCUGCGCGAGCUGGCGCCCGACUAUGUGCCCGGAGCCAAGUCGCUGCGCCACGCGAGCAGCCAUGUGACUGAAGCGGCCGCCAUUCUACGCUAUCGCGAGAAGGUGUACCAGGGCAGCGCGCGAAACAAGCAGCAUGGAGGCAUCGCCGUCGGAGACGCGCUGCUGGAUGCGCUAGCUUCCCCAGGGCUGCGCGUGGCUGCCAAACAGCGCGCGGCCGUCCCGGGCCGGGACCGCGCGACGGCGGCCGAUGCCACCGCCGGGGAGGAGGCGCGCGGGAGGGGCGGCAAGCGGAAGCAGGGGGUGCAUGUGGAUCUCCCAGAUGUCAGCAAGGAGGGCAGGCGCGUCACUGGGCUGCCCUAA